AAUCAGUAGUGCUGGCCGAUGUAACUUAAACUAUAUUAGCAAGCAACUUGGAAUGUUAUUGAAGCUAACAAACUCCUCUGAUACACGCCGCUCGCUCUGUUUUCCUAUUCUUAAAAGAUCUCUUCGGCUGUAAGAGUCAAUUGCUCCGCAAAAUGUCGUCAGGGCAAAAAACACAUAUAUAAGUAACAAAACAGAACACCGACAGGGAGAGCACUGAGCCGCUGCAUCUGCGUGCGCCGCUAUCUUCCAAAGACUCCGGUAAAAACAGAGGAGGGGGAUUAUGUGUCUACGUGAACAACAGCUGGUGUACUAACACUAAAACUGUUGAUAGCCACUGCUCACCUAAUCUAGAAUAUGUGACUGUUAAAUGUAGACCAUUCUAUCUGCCUAGGGAAUUCAGGGUUGUGAUGGUUACGGCUGUUUAUAUUCCACCAAAGGCUAAUGCUAGCUUGGCCCUUGAAUCCCUGUAUGACACCAUUAGCAAGCAACAAAGCAAAUAUCCAGAUGCAGUGCAUAUUGUAGCAGGGGACUUUAACAAAAACUGUUAGAAUGUGCCCUGAAGGGGCUUCUCAACAGCUUCAAGACUGUUUUGAGAAUACCAACUGGGAUGUUUUUGAACACCAGGACCUGGAAGAGCAAACUUCAGCUGUCUUGGGUUACAUCACACAUUGUGUGGACACAGUCACAAAUGAGAAGGACAUACGAGUCUACCCCAACCAGAAGCCCUGGAUAACAAGAGAGGUACGAAGCUUGCUAAGGGAGAGAAAUACUGCCUUCAGGUCAGGAGACAAAGCACUAUACAGCACUGCUAGAGCCAACUUAAAGAGGGGCAUCAGAGGGGCUAAGAUGGUUUACAAAAGGAAAAUUGAGGGCAACUUCAACAGCAAUAACAUAAGGCAGGUAUGGCGGGGAGUACAGCAGAUCACUAACUAUAAAUCUGGAAGCACCAUUGCGCAUUAUGGAGAUGCUUCACUGGCAGGAGAGCUGAAUCACUUCUUUGCCCGUUUUGAAGUGGAUUCAUCAGAGACAUUACAUCAUAUUACAUCCACCAUCCCCUGCAGCCAUAGCCUCAUAGUAAAGGAACAUGAGGUGAGACACAUGCUGAGGACGAUUAACCCAAGUAAAGCUACGGGACCAGACGGCGUAUCAGGUCGAGUGCUGAGGGACUAUGCAGACCAGCUGGCUAAAAUCUUCACCCUGAUCUUCAACCGGUCUCUGUCUCAGACUACUGUACCUCCCUGCCUGAAAUCCGUCAUCAGGAAGUGCUUUGAGAAAUGGAUUGGUGGCCAAACUAGUAGACCUUGGCCUACCCCACUCUACAUGCCUCUGGGUUAA